UUUGGCGAAGACAGGCUUCUCUUUUCAGCUGGUGUUUCAAGCAGAGACAUUACCGCAAGCUUCAUUAGGCUGUUAGCAUUUUCUUAGCCAGGGAAAUAGAGGCGUCUGGUAAUCUCUUUACGGGCUUGCGUUCUGCGGGUUUGCUUCGCUUACACUCGUACUAGCGAACCAGUUCUUGCCUAGUUUCGUAGUCUAGUUCUCCCUACCGUCCGGUCUUUCAGACCAUCGUCCGUUUGUUGUCUAGGAGUUGUAGGAGUUCCUUCUAAAAAAUGAAGCCAUUGGCUCCUGAUGACGAGGCCCUGGGUCAGAUGCGGCUAGUAGUCCUCCCUAAAGCCGAAGCAGACGCGUUAGACGAGCUAAUCGACGAAGCCUUAGAUGCAGCGGAUCCGGAGGGGGAGAGCGAGAGAGCAUGGCGAAGCUACCAGGAGGACUUAGCCAGCGAGCUAUCAACCAUGUCUAAGUCUUCAGAUCACCUCUGGCAUUUCCUGGACGGCCUCGGCCGUCGAUUGCUGGAGAAGAAGCAGGCUCUGGCGGACGGCCAGCACCGGCACCUGAAACGUUCUCCCGGGUCCAUCUCCCGAGGCAUCCUGCUUCUCCACGGGUUACUCCGGACCUGCUCCGCCAAUCAGGAAUCUGACAUCUGCAGUAUGCUACUUUCCACGUCAACCCGGAAAGACCGGCCGUCCCUCGACCUCCCUCGUCUCGCUCGCCGCCUCCACUACACCGUCCCCCCGUCCUCCACUCCCUCCUCCACUGGUGCCACGUCAGCCUCCGCUGGUGACGUCAGCGAUGACGCGGCGCUGGCCCGUUUCGCCCACGCGUUCUGCGUGUACCUGCAGGAGCGGCUGCGCUGCGUGGACAGCAUCGGGCUGCAGGUGUUCCGCACGCGAGCAGAAGCUGCCAACGGAGCAGCUAAAAACGGGGGAACAGGAGCAGCACCGAGCGAUGAAGCAGGGAGCAGCAGCAGUAGUAGCAGUAGUAGUAGUAGAAGUGCCGAGCACGGGUUAGGGGAGGCGUACUGGGUGCAGCUUCAGUCCGACGCUGUGCUCCACCAGGUGGGCGCGCUGCAGCAGCUCCAGCAACGGCUGGUGGACUGCGCUGCUGCUGCUCCCAGCGGGCUCGGCACCAGCUUCGCAGGAGGGAAAACCGCAGGAUCCACAACAGCAGGAACAGGAGGAGGAGGAGGAGGAGGAGCAAGUGGGAAUGGGCGGGAUCAGGAGCGGGAGAGGCGGCGGCGGGUGGUGCGGUAUGUGCUGGAGUUACUGCUGGAUGAGAGCUUCCGGCUGUACGGUUGGGUGAACUACGGGCUGAUCGAACUCAUGGAGCGACUCAACCGCUUCCCCAAGGAGCAGGCCAUGCGAGCUCUGGAGGUGUGUCAGUUCUCGGUGCAGCAGGGGAAGGCGUUAUCUGACAUGUACACUCGGCUGGGUGCAGCAGGGGUGGGCGCAAGUGUGACCUUCCCCUCUGUGGCGGUGCUGGGGGAAGGCGUUAUUGGCAACCUCUCUGCUUCUGUUGGGGCAGGGGCGGAUCCUGGCAUGAGCGUUCCGCCCUCUCCGAUGUACCCUGCUGCUGCUGCUGCUGCUGCUGGUGGAUUCAGCAGCAGGACGGGGAGUUUUGCUGAUAGGGGUGCUGCUGGUAGUGCUAGUUUUAGGGAUUUGGGACCGCAGCAGCAGCAGCAGCAGCAGCAACAUCAGCAGCAGCAGCGACAUCAGCAGCAGCAGCAGCAGCAGCAGCAGCAGCAGCAGCAGCAACAUCAGCAGCAGCAGCAGAAUCUCGACAGGAGUGCUUUCCACCAUGGCCUUCCGAAUGCCAUGGUGCUGUUCACUCCUCCUGCCUCAGGCCAACACAACGGCCAUCCCCAUUUCCAGCAGCAGCAACAUCAGCAACACCAGCAACAUCAGCACCAGCACCCGCACCAGCACCAGUACCGCCAGCAGCAGCAGCAGCAGCAGCAAGGCCCCUACCCUCAAAACCCUCAGGCUCCCAGCCCUUACUACUCCUACAGCGCCUCUCAACCACCACCGCCCCAAUCCCCCAACCCUGCUCUCUCCCCCGCGGCCCAGCAGCAGCAGUUUGACGACACUGCCAGGGCGCUCUUUGGCUCCCAUGCCUCUGGUCUUUCAACUGCCUCUACCACGGCAGCACAGAUGAAAUACCUGACGAACGGCAAGCAUGGAUGGGAGAAUGCUCUUGACGCUACAGCUGGUGUCAUGCAAUCGUAUGUGCCUCCAGGACAGCAGGGUCAGCCAGCGCCCUAUCAGCAGGAACAGCAGCAGUCAUUCCAGCCGCAGCCACUGCAGCAGCAGCCACCAAACGCAAUGGCUGAUAGUGCAUAUGGGGCAUUUGGCCCUCCUGGAAUGGUCAGUGGUGGUACAGCUGGCAGCAGUCCACUGGAUCAGCCGCCUGUCACUGCCUUCGCUGGGGGCUGGGACCAGUUGCUGCUUGACAGCCUGUACGAGGCAGCACAGGUGCAGAAGCACGUGUCUGAUGACACUGCAGCCAAAAUGGGAGGAGCAGGUGGUGUCGGAGGUGGUGGUUUCAGUGGUGGUGGUGGUGGUGUUGGGAGUGGGAGUGGGGAUCCCUUCGCUGCUUCUGUGGCGGUCCCGCCUCCGCCUUAUGUGCAGAUGGCGCUUAGAGCGCAGCAGCAGCUGGCGAUGGAGCUUCAGCGGCGCAUGCUGAGCCAGCAUGCACGGUUUCUGGCAGCAGCAAGGUCGGCAGGAGGGGCGGACGCAAUGUUUGCAGCGAGCUGGAUGGUGCAGCAAAAGCGGAUGCAGGUUUAUCAGCAGCAGCAGUACCAGGCGCAGCAACAUGGGGUUGUGGUGGGACCGUCGGGGCCGUAUAAUUGGACAGGAGUUGGUGUGAGAUAUGGCAACGUGUUGAUUCCGUUUUGAGGGCACUGCCUUUUUAAGAUGAAGAGCCUUUUUGUGUGAUUACUCCUUUUAAGAAUGAGACGUUGCAUGGAGUGUUUCUGUGCUAAGGUAAAGUGGCAAUAGCGGGUACCUGGAACAGAAGUUUCGCAGACAUUCAGGUUACUCUUCGGUAGCCAGCUGUAGCUUUCGCCUUCGCUCCACGUCAUGCAUCUGCGAACGAGGGAUGCCUCGCGUCGUCCAAUCCGAAAAUUUGAGCCAAAUCGAACAAGGCUCGCCUGGCCCCCAGCCUUGAAGCAUCGGACCGCAAUGUGCGCCUCGGAGUCGAAAUUGGAAUUCGGAAUUUUCGAGGUCAACUCACAGCUGUGUUUCUUGAGCUUCUGCUUCCAGCCUGCUAGCUCUGCUGACAUAGCCUCCCUCGCUUACGAGGCAACGACCCCUCCCCGUUAAUUCCGUCCGUCCGUCCGUCCGUCCUUCCAUUCUCUCUGCUCGAUCAGAAGCACCGAGCCUUAAUAGAUAGAGCUUCGUGUG